GCUAAGUCCAAAUCGAAGAAGAUGAACAGUGGAGAAGUUUAGAUCGAAGAAGACGAACAGUGGAGAAGUUCUUAAGAUCACCUUUUGAGCUGUGGUUUUCUCUUAUGCGGCGCUUUAGUUGACUCAGCUCCAUACGUUGGUGAAAACUGAAAAGGUUUCCAAAUCUGUGUGUUCAGAUUUUGGGAUUCUUCGUGGGGGAGAUGGAACAGAGAACUAAUAAAAUGGAGAUGCACUGGAGAGCUCAAUUUUGAACAGUAAAGAAAGGGCAUAUCUUCUAUUUUUUAACGGUUACUCAAAUUUACACUCCGGGUUGGAGUUGCUCUUAGGGAAUCAGAGAGACACCUCGCAAAAAUCAGCCUUCUACCUGCGAUCGACCCGUCGGAAAUCAGCCUCACCUUCGCGGCCAGUUGCCGGUUCUUCUCCCGCCAGCCGCCGCCAGCACUCCAGGGAUAGAGCAAGUAGCUGAUAGUUUACAAGGAGCCAACUGUUGAGAGGACUUGGGAUGGCGGGCGACGAGAGGAAUCUCAUUGAGAUUUUAGAAGAAAACCACCCUAUAGACUUCAACAAAUAUAUCACGUACGUUCAGUCACCAGAAUGUGGAGCGAUAGCCACAUUUGCUGGCACAACUCGCAACAUGUUUGAGGGCAAAGAAGUCAUUGAACUAAGGUACGAGGCAUACACUCCGAUGGCCAUACGUUGCAUUCAAUCCUCAUGCGCGUCUGCUAGGUCGACUUGGAAUCUCCACUCGAUUGCCCUGGCCCACAGACUGGGACCCGUGGCUGUUGGGGAGACGAGUGUGUUUGUGGCAACAUCGGCUGUUCAUAGGGACGAUGCUUUGGAUGCUUGUAAGUUUCUGAUUGAUGAGAUCAAAGCCUCAGUUCCCAUCUGGAAAAAAGAAGUGUAUACUAAUGGAGAGGUUUGGAAAGAAAACAGAGAGUUUCACGAGAGAAAUGCUGAGAAAUUGACACGAAAGGGGCACUGUUGUGGGGCAAAGGUGAGAAUUGAUUGAUGAUCUGUAAUUUCCUUUCUUUUUAUUGCCGGCAUGUGAAAUAAAAAAGAAUACAACUUUUAACACAGUUCAAAUAAAUUGAAGACUAAAAAAAGGGAAUACCAUUUGUAUACACUUCCUUUUGUAUUGGAGAAAGUUUUACAUUUUCCUUUAAAUUUAUCCCAAAAAUAAGUUUUCAGCUUGUGA